AUGCCACGUCGACCGGGCUGUCACUUCGAGGCGACUGCUGCGAAGUUUCCAAAACGGUACAUGCUCGCUCUUUCGGUCUGCUGCGCCAGUCUCUCCCUUCCGUCGGCGCUGACGCUCUCCUCGGCCUUCACGCGUGACGCCGUCGCCCUCGGCCUCCCUGAGUGCCUGCAGCUGCUGUCAGACCGAGCUCAGACGGCGCCGGGACGCGCCUUGUGCCUGACGCCGCGCCUGCACGAAACGGCGGCCGAGUGCCGCGACGCCUACAGCGCCGUCUCCGAAGCCUUUGCCGUGGAGUCUUCGCCGCCGUUUCCUCACGAGCUGGCGAUCGAGGACAGCCUGGUCGCAGUGUCCGCGGGCGCGACGCUGGGUCCGCAGGACCUGCUCGAGAUAGGCCAGGCGGUGGCAGCCCUCCACACCACAGCCUGCUGGGCGGAGCCGCAUCGGUGGGAGCGCACACCGCAGCUAGCCGCGCUCGCGAUCAACGCCUCGCCGCCGCCGCGGCUGCUCAAGGCCUUUGGUGACGCGUUCGACCGCACGAGCACCGGCGAGGCGUUCCCGCGGCUGGCGAGGCGGCGGGUGGCCGCGCAGAGCGCUGCUCGCUCGACGGCGGACAAAAUGCGCUCGCUGCUGACCGAGCCAGACUUUGUCGCCGGGCUGGCGGAGGACCGACCGCCGCCGCGGCAGCGCGACGGCCGGUGGGUGGUGCCGGUGGCGGUCGGCAGCGGCCAGGGGCGCGUCGGGGAGGAGGUGGCGCGGUCGCGCUCGGGCGCGACGGCGUUCGUCGAGCCGCACCGGGUGCGCGCGCUCAGCGCCCUCGUCGCCGCGCACCGCGCGUCGCUCGAGGAGUCGCUGGCGGCGGCGGGCGAGCUCGACGCGGUGUUUGCGCGUGCGGCGCUUGGCGCGGCAUGGGGGGCGCGCGUGCCGGCGGUGGGCGGCAAGUCUGUCGCCCUGAAGACGGUGGGGCUAGCUGCGUUGCUCGCGUCGUCGCCGCGCGUCGACUUCUUCUCUGCCGUGGUGAGCGACUUGGCGGAGGCGCAGGACGUGUCGGCGGGCACGUCGUCGUACGCUGCGCACGCUGUUAUCGAGGAGCUGCUGGCGCGGGGCGCGCGGCUCGUCGCGACGACGCACGCGUCGCCGCUCAAGCUGCUCGCGCUGCGCGAUACGCGGCUGCAGGUCGGCUGCGGCGCCGAACCGCUCGAGCUGCUCGGCCAGACGCUCGACGCGCUCUCGCUCCUCGAGAUCGACGCAGCAGAGGCGCGCGCGAAGGCGCUGGGCAGGCUCGGGCUGCGCGCGCUGGACGGCCGCCCGUUGCGCGCCGGCGAGAGCCUCGCGGAGGUGGCGGAGGAUGCGCCCGAGGGCUCCGCCGACGCGCAGAUGUCCAUCGUCGGCGGGCCGCCUGUGCGGGUUCCGCGCGCCGAGCUGGCCGAAUGGGCCGCCGUCGACGCGGCCACUGGCCUCGACAGCGGCAGCUUCUCGGCCGACGGCUGGGACUGGAUGGGCGCGGUGGCGCCGACGGCGGAGCAGAGUCGGUCCAGCGGCGGCGGCAAGCGCCAACGGAGGCGGUAAGUAGAGAGCCCACGCGACUGAGACCAGCAUCCCUUUUGUGUAGUUUUCUACUUUACUCACAGAUAUAGCAUC